AUGUAUAUCACAGCUCUAUUAGUGUUAUUUAUAUGUCUCGGCUUCAGCGUUACACAUCCCUCCUCGCACAAGACCACCAUUGAACAGCGACAAGUUCCCGACGCCGAGCCAUCGCCAGCGCCUGUUGUCUUCAUGGAUGAGCCUGAUAUCCAAAACUUGAACUACAUCGAUCCAUCGAGUGGUCUACCAUUUCCUCCGUUGAAGUAUGUGUUCCCAAGCACAUACCUAGACCCAGAAUGUACAGGUGCAGAGGAAUUAAUCCUUAAACACGCAUGGAGAGUUGCAAGGGACAUAGUAGCGGCACAGACUACAACCUUUAGGGACUACAACUACGACUUUCCGCAUUCUUGUUGGCUAGGGGAUGACUGGAACUCAGCAGGUGAUCAUUCAAAGUAUAUUGCCGACAGCUUUAAGCUGAUACAAAGACUAUUCGGUGGAUUAAUGAAAGAUAAAAAUAUUAUCGUCUGGCGUUGCUCGGAAUCUUCAAACCCUAGCCUAAUAUGCAGAACGGGAAUAGACGGAACGCAACUUGAAACUACUGCUACGACCAAAUAUCAUGUUGGACGUCAGGGACGCGGUUAUUGGGUACAAACGACCUUAUUUUGUCCGAGAUUUUUUCAAUAUGAGACAUUAAAACAGCAAGUUGAAAGGUAUAAAGACGAGAAGGAGGGUCAAUUGAGAAUUGCCAACUUUGAGUAUAGGACCGCUAAGACGAUGCUGCACGAGACAUGGCACUACGGUGUAGUUUCCGAUGCAAUUGACUAUGUAUAUGGGUCACAGGCAUGCUAUAAAUUGGCUAGAUCAAAUGGAGCGCAGAUAACGUCUCUAAAUGCAGACUCGUUGGCUUACGAUGGGUUAGCGAUAUAUCUCCACCGAAAAUUCAAAUCCAUACACCCGCCAACCACCGAGGAGCAUUUGGAAGCUCUCAGAGCACAGAACCCACUAAGUGUGUGA